AUGUGGAGUGCAGGGCGGAAUGUGUCAAUCUCUGCUCCUUUGAGUCAGACGCCGCGGAGCUCACAGAUUUCUCCCGAGUCAUUGGAGGCGCAAGUGGCUUCACAGCAGAAUUCUUUGAGCGAUCCUCAUGAAGUGAUUCCAGUUGAAACCAAUGCGGUUGAAACCACUGCAUCUGCGGUCGCCAAUAAUGGCGACCCGUUUAUUAAAGAAGAGAGCUAUCGUGGCCGCAGUGAAUAUCUCGGUGGCAGCGUGCCGUUCGAUGAAAAUAUGGUCAAACCCGGUCGCGAAACUACAUACACCAACCCUAAAGCAUCAGCAACCGACUUGCAAAUGCUUCGUGAUCAAGGUGCCUAUGAGUUACCUCCAGUAUCAGUCCAAAAAGAGUUAAUGGCUAGUUUUAACAUGCACUGUGCACCCUGGACGCCGGUUGUGGAUCCGAAAUGGCUGGAUGAGAGUGCGCCGCGAUCAAUGCUACUCCUCCAGGCUAUCUUUCUCGCUGGAAGCAGAGUCUCCAAAGCUCAUUUGGAUUAUGGGUCUAGUGAAGUUUUUUAUCGACGCGCAAAAUUACUUUUCUUUUUUGGCGGUUGUGACAACCCUUUGGUUUCUAUUGUGGCCGCCUGCCUGUUGCAUUGGUAUAAUCCAGUUGGGCCUGAGGAUGUUUCUACCGAUACAAGUGGCUUUUGGAUUCGAACAGCUGGCGCAAUGGCUUUUCAGAUCGGGCUGCACAAGGAACCCGCGCCGAAUUCUCGAGAUCGGGGGCUCCGGAGAAGGCUGUGGUGGUCUCUUGUGGUGCGAGACAAUAUAAUUUCUGUUGGUGUUGGUCGACCACGAACCAUCAAUCUACGUGACAGCGACGUGCUUCCACCAUCACUUAAUGAUUUCCCCGUGAACAACUUCAAAUCUCAAUUAUUCCUAGCCUAUUGCACGAUAUCCCGGCUACUGGGAGAUACGGUCGAGUCCCAUUUACGACAAGAAAUUUCUCGGCAAAGGCAGGUCGAUCUCGAGAACGCCGUCUACCGAUGGGCAAAACAAGUCAUUCCAAGAUUACGAUCAUCUGUCGCAGCUCAAGACGAUGCGGCUAUUUGCAACCUAGAAGUUCAACAGCUGCUAGUCAUGUAUUUUGUGGUGCUCACUAUUCUUCAUCGCUCACCUACUCCAGGUAGCGUACCACCCGCAGCAUCUCUGGUCGCGUCUUCGUUUAUUGCCGGGAUUUACGAGGAAUUCUUGCUUCGCGAUGAGCUUCGAUAUCUCGGCCCUGUCUUUGCAUUCUAUCCACUAUGCGCUGGACUGUCACUUCUUUCUAGCUGCCGCUAUACCCACCUGCAGAGUAUUGCCGAACAUGAAUUAACAGUCAUGAAGCUCUCCCUUCAAAAGCUAUCUGAAAGGUGGCUCUCAGCGGUCGGACCGCUGCGUGCGCUAAACAAAUUGACCGAAAAAGUCCGAGAGUUAGGUCCAUUUGGGGGUUCGUCACCUACUUUCGACCCGGACGCAGCCUCUUUCUUCGAGGGGUUCGACACAAAACUUUGCAAACAAUGGCAAGCUAUUGGACACUCCUUGGAGUCUGCAAGUGGGAACACGGGCAUCUCGCCUACUUGCACUAUGGCGGACAUUCAAGACCCUAGUGAUGGCCUUCGGUCCCUUGACGCUCUGCCUGGACAGCAGGUGGAUACUUAUGACUUUGCGUCUCUUGAUGUUAGCUUGGAUCCAUUCAGCAAUAAUUGGGAAGGCGCUGGAUUUGACUGGAGUGGCUCCUGGCUACUCAAUGUAUAA